UUUAAAUAAAAAUAAAUAAUUAAUUAAUGGAGCAGCUCAAAAAACAAAUCCAAGAACAAGUGGAGGAACAAGAUAUAGUGGAGGAUUUAAAUAUCGACGGUGUGAAAAUCACAAAAUUCACUGAGGAAAUGGCUGCUCUCUUCACUCAGCAUCAAUAGCUGGUGAGUUUGUCAUUUGAAAAAUGCGGAUUGACAACUCUUGACGGAUUCCCUAAAUUAAAGUAAUUGUAAAAUUUGGAGUUUGAAAACAAUUCAUUAACAGGAACAGCAAUUAAAUUUAUAGCAGAUAAUUUCAAAGAGUUGAUCAACUUGAAUCUAUCACAAAAUAAUAUUAAGUCAGUUGAUGUAAUCAUGACCAAUAUCCUGAUAGGAUUUGAAGCCCUUAGCCUCUCUCACCAAAUUAGAUUCAUUAGAGUUGAAGGAUAACCCCCUCACCAAAGAAGCGGGAUAUCAUAAAAAGGUGUUCCAACUUCUCCCAUCCCUCAAAUCCUUGGACAACAAAAAUGAGAAGGGCGAGGAAGUUCUCGAUGUAUGACAUAAUAUUCUAACCAUUAGGAUGAAGGGGAUGAAGAUUUAGACGAUGACGAAUUCGAUUAAGAUGAUUCAUACGAUGAAAGCGAAGAAGAUGAUGAAGAAUCCGAAGAGCCUGUUAAGCCAACAAAGAAAACAAAAAAAUGACAUUCUUUUGUUUUGCCCAUUAAAACAUAUAAAAAUCCCGCC